AUGGCAACAACGUCUCAAAAUUUGGAAAAUAAUGCUAGGGCGUCCCCUGGAGGCGACGCGCGGCGCCCUCGCCCGAGCGUCGUGAGUAGUGGACAAGGACUACCUGCCCAUGGACGAGGCAGGCCAAAGAAGCGAGUCCAACAACAACAACAACCACUACGAUUGGGUACCCUUAACAUCGGCACGAUGACAGGACGAAGCCGAGAAUUAGCCGACACCCUUAAGAUCCGCCGCAUCGACAUCGCGUGCAUCCAAGAAACCAAAUGGACUGGUGCAAAGGCAAGGGAUAUAGGCGAUGGAUUUAAGCUAUUCUACAACGGCAACAAGCCCCAAAAUGGUGUGGGAAUAGUGGUCAGCCAGAAAGUACGGGACAAUGUGGUCGAAGUGACUCGAAUGUCAGAUCGGCUCAUGUCACUCAAGAUCGACACGGGCGACAUCACUAUGCGAGUGACCUCCUGCUACGCCCCCCAGACCAACUGCUCGGAAUCAGACAAAGAAGAUUUCUGGGAAAGUCUCGAUGUCCACCUUCGAGCACUUGGACCCGAAGAAUAUAAUGCCAUUGGCGGUGAUCUCAAUGGUCACGUUGGAUGAGAUAGGAAUGGCUAUGAAAGGUUUCAUGGCGGGCAAGGUUAC